CUGACGUCACACGGAGGACCAGCAACACACAAAACCGAAAGAUCAGAAACCCUUGCUUUGACUGACUAACUUAAACUUACCUUUUAGCCAGAAAGCGAGUCAUGUCGGUGAAUUACGCCGCAGGACUUUCUCCAUAUGCGGAUAAGGGCAUCUGCGGCCUCCCGGAGGAGUUUGACAGCCCAGAGGAGCUGAAGACUAAAGUGGAGACACUGGCCCAGUGGAUAAAGGAGUCACAGUACAUGGUGGUGCAUUCAGGAGCUGGAAUCAGCACGUCCACAGGCAUCCCGGACUUCAGAGGUCCUAAUGGAGUGUGGACGAUGGAGGAGAGAGGCGAGAUGCCUCACUUUAACACCACGUUUGAGGACGCGCGUCCCAGUCUGACUCACAUGGCCCUGCUGCAGCUGCAGAGGACAGGACACCUCAAAUACCUCAUCAGCCAGAACGUAGACGGCCUUCACCUGCGCUCCGGCUUCCCCAGGGAUCGAUUGUCAGAGCUGCACGGGAACAUGUUUGUUGAAGAAUGCGAGAAGUGUGGCAAGCAAUAUGUUCGAGACACUGUAAUUGGAGUGAUGGGUCUGAAGCCAACCGGACGCUACUGCGAUGUCACGCGCUCAAGAGGACUCCGAUCUUGCAGAGGGAAGCUGAUCAGCACUAUAUUGGACUGGGAGGACUCACUGCCUGACAGAGACUUGAAUAGAGCUGAUGAAGCAUGUCGGCGAGCUGACUUGGCCUUGACGCUGGGAACAUCUCUUCAAAUUAAACCUAGCGGAGAUCUUCCUCUUCUAACCAAACGCACGGGAGGGAAGCUGGUUAUAGUCAACCUUCAGCCUACCAAACAUGACAAACACGCCCACCUGCGUAUCCACGGCUAUGUGGACGAGGUCAUGGGUCAGCUAAUGAAGCUGCUGGGAUUGGAGGUUCCAGAGUGGGCGGGGCCAACGCUUUGUGAAAGCUCAGGUGGAGACCAGGACAUCCUCCCAUUCGGAGCCUGGAAGAAGGAAGUGAAGAUUGAGCUGAAGAUAGAGGAAAAUAAACACUCCGUUCCAAAAAAACGAAAGAAGAGCAAGCAGGAUUGUGAGAUAAACUGCAAGAAAGAUGUUAAAGUAGAAGAAGAGACAAAAGAAGAGGAAAAGGAAGCAGCGUUUAGUGACUCUCGACCAAUCAAAACGCAGAAGUCGUCCUGUGAGGUGCAUCCUUCAAACGGCUCCUCCCACAAUCCUACAAGUUCUUCUGCCGUAAAUGAAACGGUCACAGACACUGAACAUCCCUCUUCCUAGAGCCCUGUCACAAUCACAGAGAAACUGAAUAACCGAUCUCUCUCAGGAAGUGUGGUCACCGUCUGCCCUGUGAUUACAUCAUCAUGAGAAAAGCCUGGACUCAGGCCUGUUAGAUGAAGUGAUGUCAUCGGGCUUGUUAUAGCUAGUGAGUGGAUAAAUUAGGUUGAUAUUAUUUCUGUUUGCCAGCUGAUCUGUGCAGUUAUUCUGGAUGGAGGUUUUGGUGAAUCAUGGUUUUGUACUGUAAAAUAAAGAUAAGAUGAUUUUUUUUCUAACCUCAAAUAAAUCAGGUAAAAAAAAGGUUCACUGCACAAAGCAUGUCUGUCAUAUUUCAUCCUGAAAUCUCUCUUCUAUCUCUCUCUCUCUAUCUCUCUAUACAUAUAUAUAUAUAUAUAAAAUGUUUUAUUGUUUUUAUGAUAGUACAACAAAUACUACUAUGUGUAAACAUUUACAAUUAAGGCGAGACACUGCAGGUGAAUAGGGUAAAAAAAAUUAACUAAUAGUUAUUGCCUUACUUACCUAGUUGAUUGAUUGCAUUGAUAAUUGCAAACAUUUUUUGUAUUACAAGUUUUCUCAAAUGUUAGGUUUAAAUAUGCAAAUGAGGCAUUAUUUAAUGAAAUAUGCACUAAUUUGCAUACAUUUCUAGUACAAAAAUCUAAACACUGGAUGAAGUCAGUUUCAAAAUUCUUGUUUAAUUUUUUUGACAUAUUACAGUCAAAAGUUUUUACAGAGGGAAUUUUGGGUAUCUCAUUUUGUCACUCCAUAAUUCAGAAAAUACUUAGAACAGACAGAAAACACUAUAUUUUGACAAUUUUGGGGGAUUAAAAUGUUGUAUAUAAUCAAGAAAAUUAUAUAUGAACAAAUCCCUCUGUAAAAACCUUCAGGAUAUAGACAGGAAUAAAAAUGUAAAGUUUGGUGUGUGUAAGUGCUACUGAAGUGGAGAUUUAUGGCUCAGUGUAGGAGAAAAAACUCAUUUUGAGAAAACGGCCUUUAAAAAUAUGUAUUGUAAUUGAAAUCUAUUGACACAAAUAGAUAAAGUGCUAUAAAAGAAACACUUAACAGUGUCUUUUGGAUGUUUUCGUUCUACUAGUCUGAAAAAACACUUUAUGAAAAACCAAAAAGCCCAAAAUCUCAAAAUUGACAGGUGCAUAAAAA